UCUGCAUGAUUCGAAAGUUGAAAGUUUCUCUACAACAACAACAACGUUACAACUUACAGGAAAACUUUAUUUAUCGAUAAUCUUUCAAUAAGCUGUUAACAAGUAUGAAACAAACAUAACAGUAACACAUUUUUUGUGAGUUUUUUUCCAAUCUUAAAUUCAGAAUUUCCUAUGCAAAUGGAUGUUGAAACAAAGAGUCCACAAAGCACUGAAAAGGAAGAGCAACUAGGAGGUCCAGUGUUUGAACCCAGAUUGUACAUACAGCGCUACUUCUAUGUGGCUCAACAACUGGAAAAAUAUAAUGUUCAAAGGGUCGUCGAUUUUGGAAGUGCAGAACUCAAAAUAUCCCGCUUUCUUGUGAAUGUGACCAAUGUAAAGGACAUUGCACUAGUUGACCUUGACGGCCCCUUGCUGUCCAGUAGCAAGCGUGCUAUUCAGCCCUUAACUGCGGACUACUUGUUAGGGAAACAUGUACCGGUUAUGGUCAAGGUCUACCAAGGAAGCGUAACAGACCUGGAUAAAAAUAUAGUUGGAUUUGAUGCAGUAACGAUGGUCGAGAUAAUCGAACACUUGCAGCCAGAUGUCUUAGCCGAUGCAGUCAGUAUGGUGUUUGGUAACCUUCAACCCCGUGUGGUCGUCAUGACGACUCCCAACUCUGAUUACAACGUGCUUUUCCCGGGCUUCUCUGGGUUUCGUCAUUGGGACCACAAGUUUGAAUGGAAUCAACAGGAGUUUAAACAUUGGUGCACAACUAUUGCCAGUAGCUAUGGUUACCAUGUAGAGUAUGGAGGGGUAGGGGACCCACCCCCUGGCUCAGAGGCCUUGGGCUUCUGUUCCCAGGCUGCCAUCUUUGUGAGGGAGGGGGAGUGUCAGCCGCCAAGCGGUGCUACAGUGACAGAGAGCUACGUGCUGAUGGCAGAGAGUUUCUACCCAGUGAAAGCUGUCUCAACUCUACCAGUUGAUCAGCAGCUUCUGAUGGAGAUCAGAUAUGUUAUCAGGCAGUACCAGUCUGGCUUACAUUACAACAAGACCUGUGUGAGGGGAACCGGAAUACUGAGACAGGAGCCAGAUACUGGCAUAAUGUGUGUGAAAGAUUGUGGUGCUGGGAACCAAAGGGAUGUUGGAACCAGUGCACUGAGACAGGAGCAAGAUAAUGGCAUAAUGUGUGUGGAAAAGUGUAGUGCUGGGAACCAAAUUGAUGAUGGUAAUUGCGAUAAAUCACCUAGCAAAUGGCUGGAAGGAACUCUAAAUAACGAGCGCGUUGUCAUUAAAAAUGGCUUUGAAAGAAAUGUUGAAUCGGACAGUGUGGUUUCUGUGCGGUCAGAUAGUGAAGAAGACCUAAACAGGAACCAAGAAACCAAGACAGAGAAUUUUUCAGUGGGCCUAGCUGUAAAUCAAAACAAUAUUUUGGGUAACAAUGGUGACUCCAGUUCUUGUCUUUUGACAAAUGACCGAUGGAACAAAUAUGAGGUCAAAAACAAUAUUCUUUGUGAAUGUGUACAUAAUUCUGAAAUAAAUAACAAGAACAUAUUGAGUCAGUUUGAAUUUUCAGAAUCUGCAUGUUUUGAUCAGAACAUUUGUCACAUAGAUUCUUGUGUUUCUGAAACUUGGACUGUAAAAAAUAGUAAGUUAAAUAAUGACAAUAAAACGGAUGAUGGUCCCCAGAUAGACAGUUCUUUGCAGUCAUACAUUGAAUGUGAAGGUCCAUGUUCUGUAUUGGCAAACUGGACAGGGGAUGUUUGUGACUUUAAUUCUUGUAUCGAUUGUCAACGUGCCCGGUACCAGCUCUCAGAGGAGGAUUAUUUGGUUCCCAUUUCUAGUUUGCUCAAGAACAAAACUGUAACUUCAUUAUGGCCCCACGGGGAUGACAUAAGUGAGUUUCUUCAAAACCAUGGAUUUCGGCUGACUGAAGAUAACCUGUAUGUGAUAAUGGCAUUGGAUGAGGGACAAGAUUUCUUUGAUUUUGGUGACAAUGAGGAUGAGGAUGAUGAAGAGGUCAGGGGUGAAAGCAGUGUCUGUGAUGAUUCCUUGAGUAGAAACAUUUCACAACCAAUUGUCGACAGAUUUGAUUUGGAAACUGAAGACUGGAAUUAAACAAGCAUCUUCGUAUCUGAUCAUGUUUAAAAUAUAAAAUGAUACUUAAACAGUGUGCCGUAUUCAUGUCAAAUAACCAACUAAUAUUAUUUUUAGUGUAGAUAAUAAUAAUUAAGGAUGCUUGUGACAGAAACAUCUGGUCAUUUAAGUUUUAGUUAAAACCUAUUACUUUAGUUUGAUUGCAACCAGUUACCACUUUGUCAACGUGAAUUCUUUUUAGAUCAUCCAGGUAAUAAGUUUAAGUAGACUAACUGUUGUGUGCAUAAUUUUCAUCAAUAUUAUUUUCCAUUACACUUGAUAUAUUGGCCUUUCCUGUACUUUGUAAGUCUGAUUCUGGAAACCUACAUGUAUUAGCAGAAUUUAUGUCUUGUUCUGAGAAAACUGGGCUUAAUUCAUGUGCGUAAAGUGUCGUCCCAGAUUAGCCUGUGCAGUCCGCACAGGCUAAUCAGGGACGACACUUUCUGCCUAGACUUCCUUGCAACUAAAAAAACCCAUAAAAGCGGAAAGUGUCGUCCCUGAUUAGCCUGUGCCGACUGCACAGGCUAAUCUGGGACGACACUUUACGCACAUGAAUUAAGCCCAGUUUUCUCAGAACAAGACACAUUUGCUCAAAUUUCAUGUACACCAUUCCUUUAGGAUAGACAUGAGCAUAACGUCAGGGCAGUCCACUUAAAUGAGUGUUCAAGAAGUGGAUGUAUGUAUUAUUACCAAUAGGACAUUUGUUUAGGAUUACUCCAUUCCCACACAAAAUCUCAGGAAAUAAUGAUAAUCCAAAUUUAAUUUUGAGGAAACUAUAUGCAGUAUCCAUAUAGGGUGAACAUUGUCAUGUUAUUUAGUCUUUCCUAAUGGAUAUGCAUAAUAGUAUUCCCAUUACUUAUUAAUAUUUGAUCAUAAAAGCCUUAAAGGUAUCUUUUCAUGUUUUGGUAAAUUGACAAAAUUGAAAAAAGUUGUUUCAGAUUUGCAAAUUUUCGUUUUAGUUAUGAUAUUUGUGAGAAAACCGUAAUACCGAACAUUUACCAUGGUUUAAUAUAGCCAUUAUUUGAAUCUUUUGACGAUUUAAAAACCUGAAAUUUAUAAAGCGUUGCAACGCGAAACAAUUUAAUAAUUUGGAAAGUUCUGUUGUUGUCGUUUAAUUUUGUGAAACUAUGAAGAUUGCUUAUAUAAGAUAUAAAAUACGUCCCGUAUACAUACUUGGCAGGAUGGCCAAGCGGUCUAAUUGAUUUUUACUCCAGGACUUCGGGGGUCACUAGUUCGAGCCCUCAUGCCGGCUACUUUUUUGUCCUUUUUUAAAUUUUAUUCUUGAUUUUUUACUGGAGCUUUUUAGAUCCAAUGUUAACAUUUAUCAAUAUAAAACAUUUAAUGACAAACUUCAAAACAUGCCAAAAUCUGUGAAAAGGCCCCUUUAAUGGGUAAGGUUUUCAAAUAAUGUAACAUCAUGUUAUAAUAGGAUAAGGGUCAUUUAGCUCAAAUCAAUCCAUCACCAGCCAGCUAUUGUCUAUUGAAACCGUUUUUGUUUUUCACAUCAAUUUUAUGUAUAUCGGUAAGUAGUAUUUAAGCAUGUCAAUAAUAAUUACAUUCCAUGUCAUUGUCAGCUGCCUUAUCAUUGUAUUAAUUUGUGUUAAAACACAGAAAUCUUUUAACAAAAAAAAUCAAUUUUAGGGUGCUCUUAUAAUACAAGGGCCAAACUCCUAAAUGAAAACCUUAGGUACAUUUUCCCAUCUUAUAAUCAAGUAAAUAGGAUAUUUUAAUGUGUGUUGGUAGUUUUGCCUAGAAUUUUUUGAAAGUUUGAAUAAUGUGCUGUAUAUUUUAUAUGUACAUAUUAAGUGUUUUGUUUUGAAACAUCAAUUUCAACUGAAUGUCUAAGUUCUUUUUGUUAUGUCUCACUUAAUUCUUAGUAAGAAUUUGUAGAGGGUUCUAUUGUUUGACAUGUUGCUAUGAACCAACACCAAUGUAUAGUUAAUAAAUCAAUAAUAUAUUUUUAUUUAUUCUAAACACAUUAAUUAUAAACACGGUAUCAUACAUAAAAAGCUGAAUUAAAUCGCUUCUUUUUGUAAUCUUCCUUGACGUUAACUUGUCCAAACGGGCACUGAAAAUAGAUGUACAAACAGACAGUUAAUAAGUUAUAAUUUGACAGCCACAUAAGUAAUAAUUCAAAAGAUACCAUUAUUUGAAUGGCUCUAUCAAUAUUUACUCUCAAGCAGAUAUCUUAACAAACAUGACUUUACAUAGACUAAACUGACAGCCAUCCCCCCCCCCCCCCAAAUCAGGGAAUUUCAGACACGGUUAGCAUGUGGACCCUCUUCAAAUUCCUAUGGGGAUUUAGAAAAAAAUGUCUGGCUCUGGGGUCGGAAUUAGACCCCCACCAAUAAAAAACAAUCAGCAAUAAGUCGAGUCGUGCCAUAAGGAUGUUAUUUGAUGUACAAGUAUUUGUUGUCUUGCAUGCCAUGUCACUAUCUUGGUAUGAUACACUUCGAUUUCUGAAGAAAUGAUUAGAGUUAUAAUGACAUUACAAUUACCAAUUAUUUGAAGAGAUAUGUACUUGUCAGAUAGUUCAAAUCAUAUUUAUACCCCAGUUACAGAGUUAAUGUGGGGUAUACAUGUACCUGAAUCAACACGGAUUUCUGUCUGCCUCUCUGUUUGUCUACCCAUAGACACAAACUUGUUGGAAAGCGUUCUUCAACACUUUAGUGCUCAACAUUAUAACUUGAAGGUAUUAAUGCAUAUGAUAAGUAGUUGUGCAUGUAAGAUUUGUAUCAUAUGUGUUAAAAUUACAAAAGAUAUGCCCCUGUUUCUACUUAAAAUAUUUCAUAACAGCAUUCAUGAUUACACACUAUUAGCUCAUUAUUUUCUCUGAACACACGGUCAACAGAUUUUAUAUUUGGUAUGUAAUGGUGUAAAGUGGUCACUACAAAGAUAAAUCAAAUGAUGCCGUUAGCAAUAGGGUACACACUAGCCUUGCCAUGGUGGUGGUGGGGGGCACUAUUUAAUAUACAUUUAUAAAGUAAAAUACAUUGUUAAUUUCUCCUCUGAAACUAAAAGUUCCAGAAGUUAAAUAUUUGGUAAAAAACCUUGUAUAUUGUGGUCCUAAACAAGUUUUUUUCAAAUUAUGCCCUUGAAUCAAAAGUGGCCACAUUCAAAGGUCACAUUAUUUAUAUAUACUUGUAUUGCAAAAUAACUUUACAAAACUUUUUGUAUGAAAGGACAGGGACUUCUUGUAAUUUAUGUAUAAUGGUCCUUGGCGGGGGGUUAUUCUUCGUCAUGAUAUUGUGACAAGUUCUAGUUUAAAACGUUGAUUAAGUAGACUGUCAGGUGUGUCUAACAGUCUGUCUAGUCAAUAAUGUGUUAAUGUUCCUUUGGCGUAGCUACAAUCAAAAUUGUCGGGCUGACUGGUCAGUGCCUAUAAUGCAAGGAGGCCCUAAAUAGUCUGUACUAUUUCUUAUAUAUUUUAUUAAUAAACGUUUAUUAAUUGACAAGAUUGUCAAUAAUGUUUGUUGCAGUAUUUGGAAAAAAUAAAUAUCUGAUACAUU